UUGGUUUCUAUUGCUCCUUAUUGCACUGCAUGUGUCUUUGUGGCCUCUCUUCCACCAAUAGUUGGAUUGCAGACCACUGCAUGUGUUUUUAAGCCAGACAGCACAUCAUCUUUUUACACUUAGUUAUCAUCAGUGCCAAAACUUGAGAAAUAAUUUGUGCAAACGGGCGCACAAAUUAAUUACAACACCAUUGACAACAAAUGAUGUCUUCCUCUGAUUUUCCUCCACCAUCAGAGCCCAGUACCUUGUUCAAGGUGAUGAAUCAAGGGCUCAUCUGUCAUUGACUUCUAAAGACUUGAUGACACCCAUACUUACUUGAAGAGCAAGUUAUACACUACGAGGGAUGACUUACUAGUGAGACAAUACCGAGAUUUUCUGGGUUGCUUCCAAAAAUUCGAGUCCACUCAUAUUUUCAACAUCCUUGAGACACAACAUGGGGGAGGGUUUCUGGAUCUUAUUCUGCAGCAGUUCCAACUGUUCCACUGAGUCCAGAACUGAAUGCACUUCCGGCUUUUUAUCCUUCAUCGAUCCAGAUUCGUGUCUCAACAAUAUUUUUAUCAUAGCAGUUGAUAUCUUGCUCCUAUUUAUCUUGUUAUGUUUCUUCAUAUAUAGAAUAUCAGCAAAGAAGAUUACAGCACCAUCAGACUCUCACACCUUCUAUUCACUGUCAAUUGUCUCGGCCAGCCUUAAUCCGGGUUUGGCUUUGGCCUACUUGGGGUUUGGGAUAUGGAAAAUCGUUGACAAAGUUAAUACCAGUCAGACAGUUUUACCUCUCCAUGGAUGGCUAGUCUUGUUCUUUCAAGGGUUCACAUGGUUGCUUCUGAGUUUAACCAUAACCCUAAAGAAGCCACACUUUCCACAUAUUAUGAUAACGAAAGCUUUUUCGAUUCUUGCCUUCUUGCUUGCAGCUUUUGUUUGCAGUUCAUCAAUUUGGGAAGCUGUCGUGGAUGAGGCAGUAACCGUUAAUGUUGUUUUAAACAUUUAUUUCCCCGGGUCAAUACUCUUGCUCUUUAGUGCAUUUCAGGGAAGCAAUAUAUUUGCAAAAGGUGAUCUAGAACUGCAUGAUGAUGCUUUCUACACACCUUUGCAAGGGGAGGAAUCGGAUGUCAGAGAUCAAAUCUGCUCAAAUGACAACGUCACCCCUUUUGCAAAAGCCAGGUUAUUUAGUAUAUUGUCAUUUUGGUGGUUGAAUCCAUUGAUGAAGAAAGGCAAGAAAAAGCUUCUUCAGAAUGAAGAUAUUCCACAACUGCGACAAGCUGAUCAAGCGCAAACGUGGUACUUAAUAUUUACGGAGCAGUUGAUCAAAAGAAAGAAAAGAGAUUCAUCUGAUAACCCUUCCGUUUUGUACAUUAUUUUCUUCUGCCAGAGGAAAGCUAUUUUGGUGUCGGGGCUCUUUGCACUGAUCAAGAUUCUAACCCUGAGUAGUGGUCCAUUGUUUCUUAUGGCCUUCAUUAAUGUUGUUGAAGGUAAUGCAGCUUUUAAAUAUGAGGGUUAUGUGCUAACUCUAGGUCUCUUCAUCGUGAAAAUCUUGGAGUCACUGUCGGAGAGGCAAUGGCACUUUAGAACUAGAUUGAUUGGGCUCCAAGUAAGAUCAGUGGUUACUGCAGCAAUAUAUCGGAAGCAACUACGACUCUCAAAUUCGGCCAAGAUGACUUACUCUCCUGGUGAGAUAGUGAAUUAUGUAACGGUGGAUGCUUACAAAAUUGGCGAUUUUCCAUUCUGGUUUCAUCAGUUAUGGUCCACAAGCCUUCAGCUGUGUCUUUCAUUACUUAUUGUUUACUUUUCUGUCGGGCUGGCAACCGUUGCAGCUCUAACUGUACUUAUAUUGACUGUGGUGGCAAGCUGUCCCUUAACGAAGUUGCAGCACAAGUACCAAAAAAAGCUCAUGGCAGCACAAAAUAGGAGGCUCAAGGCUAUUACCGAAGCACUUACGAAUAUGAAGAUCUUGAAGCUGUAUUCUUGGGAGACAAAUUUCAAGAAGGUUAUUGAAGGGUUAAGAACAGAAGAAAUGAAAUGGUUAACUCAAGUAUUGAGACAAAAGGGGUAUUAUACAGUUUUGUUUUGGUCAUCUCCUAUUUUGGUCGCUGCAGUUACUUUCUGGACAUGCUACUUCCUUGGAUUUACACUCUCAUCUGUUAAUGUUUUUACUUUUCUAGCAACGAUGCGUAUUGUUCAGGAGCCCAUUAGGGUGAUCCCAGAUGUUUUUGGAGCAUUUAUUGAAGCAAAAAUUUCAUUAUCUCGGAUUGUGAAGUUUCUUGAUGAACCGGAGUUGGAGAACAGACAUACAAGGAAAUACAGCAAUGGAAGAGUGGUUGAGCAUUCCAUUUACAUUAUAUCCUCCGAAAUUUCAUGGGAUAGGUCUAGUUAUACAAGGCCUACAUUAAGGAACAUAAAUUUGGUGGUUGAACCCGGAGACAAAGUAGCAAUUUGUGGAGAGGUUGGCUCCGGUAAAUCAACCAUUUUAGCUGCAAUUCUUGGAGAAGUUCCACGCAUCAAUGGCACUGUUCAAGUAUAUGGGAAGAUAGCAUAUGUUUCUCAGUCUGCAUGGAUCCAAACAGGAACUCUAAAAGGUCGUACCCAGACUCUACAGGAAAAUAUUCUUUUUGGAUCCACCAUGGAUCACAUUAGAUACCAACAAACGCUUGAGAAGUGUUCCCUAGUAAAGGAUCUUGAAAUGCUUUCGUUUGGUGAUCUAACUCAGAUAGGAGAGAGAGGUGUCAAUCUAAGUGGUGGGCAGAAGCAGCGCAUUCAACUUGCACGUGCACUCUAUCAAAAUGCUGAUGUCUACCUCUUGGAUGACCCUUUCAGUGCAGUUGACGCUCAUACUGCGACCAGCCUAUUCAAUGAAUAUGUCAUGGGAGCGCUUGCUAAGAAGACUGUUUUGCUAGUGACACACCAAGUUGACUUCCUUCCAGCAUUUAAUUCGAUAUUGUUGAUGAAUUCAGGGCAAAUUUUAAGAGCAGCUCCUUACGAAGAGUUGCUAGCGUCUUGUCCAGAGUUCCAAGACCUCAUCAAUGCACACGAUGACACUGCUGUUUCUGAGACGCAAGUUGAACAUGCUUCUACCGGAAAACAUAAAUUAGCCACGGAGGAGAUUGAGAAAGUUAACACUGAGUUACCUCUAAGGGAAUCUUCAGGAGACCAAUUGAUUAAGCAAGAAGAGAGAGAAACAGGAGACACUGGUUUUAAGCCAUACAUCCAGUAUUUGAAGCCGAGCAAGGGAUUUUUGUACUUCUCUGUGUGCAUCCUUCUCUACUCAAUGUUCAUAGUUGGGCAACUAAUUCAAUAUUAUUGGUUGGCUUCGAAACUUCAGGAUUCAAGCAUGUCAAGAGUAAAACUCUUCACUGUUUAUUCUGUGAUCAUGUGUAUCAUGGCACUUGCUUUGUUCAUUCGAUCUUUCUUUAUAGUCUACUUAGGAUGCGGGGCAUCAAGAUCCAUUUUUGAAACCCUAUUGAACUCUCUUUUCCGAGCACCAAUACUGUUUUAUGACUCAACACCCGUGGGAAGGAUACUUAGUCGGGUAUCUACUGAUAUGAAUAUCAUUGACCUUGAAGUGGCUUUCAAGUUUAUCAUUGCGGUUGGGGGAACUUUGAACACAUAUAGCAUAUUUUUAGUAUUGGUUUUUCGUACUUGGCCAGUCGUGUUUCUGAUUAUUCCCACAAUUUGUGUUACUAUAGUCUUACAGAAUUACUACUUUGCUUCGGCAAAAGAGUUGAUACGAAUGAAUGGUACAACCAAGUCUGCCCUUGUAAGCCACCUUGCCGAAUCUAAUGCUGGAGCCCUGACUAUCAGAGCGUUUGGAGAGGAGGAUCGGUUCCUCUCAAAAACGUUGGAGCUUAUUGAUGCAAAUGCUAGCAUGGACUUCAAUAGUUUUUCUGCAAAUGAGUGGUUGAGAGGACGUCUUGAGUUGGUAUGCGCUAUUGUUCUCUCAGCCUCAGCAUUUGCCAUUACUUUGAUUCGAUUCAAGGCUUCUUCGUCUGGAUUUGUUGGCAUGACGCUAUCCUAUGGUCUCUCAUUGAAUGUAUAUGUCGUACAUGCUGUCCAAUAUCAGUGCAUGCUUGCAAAUGCAAUCAUUUCUGUGGAAAGGGUAGAACAAUACAUGCAUAUUCCUAGUGAAGCUCCAGAAAUAAUAGAAGACAAUCGACCUGUGCACAAUUGGCCUACUGUUGGUAAAGUGGAAGUAUGCGAUUUAAAGGUAAGGUACAGGCCAAAUGCUCCACUAGUUCUUCAUGGGAUAGAUUGCACAAUUGAAGGAGGGGACAAAAUUGGGAUUGUUGGCCGGACUGGAAGUGGAAAGACUACUCUUAUCAGUGUUCUGUUUCGUCUGGUAGAGCCUACAGAAGGAAAGGUUUUUGUAGAUGACUAUGACAUUUGUACAAUUGGACUUCAUGAUUUAAGAUCACGCCUCGGGAUCAUCCCACAAGAUCCGACAUUAUUCAGUGGGUCUGUGAGAUUCAAUCUAGACCCCUUAUCUAAGCAUACUGAUAACCAAAUAUGGGAGGUUCUUGACAAAUGUCAGUUGCGAGAAGCCAUUCAACAAAAAGAAGACGGCCUGGAUUCUUUAGUUGUACAAGAUGGAGCAAACUGGAGCAUGGGGCAGCGACAACUGUUCUGUUUGGGACGUGCCUUGUUGAAGAGGAGCCGGAUACUGGUGCUCGAUGAAGCCACUGCAUCAAUGGACAAUACAACGGACUCUAUUCUGCAGAAAACUAUAAGAACAGAAUUUGCAGACUGCACCGUAAUAACCGUGGCUCAUAGGAUCCCAACCGUGAUGGACUGUACGAAAGUGCUUGCUAUUAGUGAUGGGAGACUGGUGGAGUAUGAUGAGCCAACGGAGCUGAUGAAGAACGAGGGCUCGCUUUUUGGGCAGCUAGUCAAGGAAUAUUGGUCUCGUGCUGCGAAUGCCGGCAUCCACUCAGAAGACAGAAUCAAUUAAAUCGAAAAAUCAAAAUUUUGAUGAACAACAUAACUUCAAAAUGUGGAUCCCUCGACUCCGAAACAACCGACAAUGUCAAAGAAGGAGAUUCAGUAUUAUCAGCAUGCCUAAAAUAAAACAAGAAUCAGGAAAGGUGUAGGGUUGGGAUAUCUUGGAAGCAAGGUAUCAUUAUGUACAACUUCCUAGUUUGGUUUGGAUUCAGUUUUAGGUGAUUUCGUGUCAAAUACACAGCAUCCAUUAGUAUAAACAGAUGGCUUUGGGAGAGGUUUUGCAUGAGAGUUUGAAGGGCAUAAGUUUGUAUAGUUGAGAGCACUUUGAGUUUGGGAGUUAUCUUGUAUUCGUUUGAAUGUUAUAAAACUUUCGUUGUUAGAGAGGUAUUCUUAUAUUAGAGGAACUCUAAAUUUGUGUGUUGUGUAUUUGUUUAUUGCUUGAUUGUUUGGUUUAUUUACCACAAGU